AUGCUUUCAUGGAUAUAUUCAUUUUUCCAAAGUCCAGAAGUAACACCAGAACUAAAAAAAUCAAUAGAAUCAACCAUUAAUUCAAAUAAAAUUGUCAUAUAUUCAAAAUCAUAUUGCCCAUAUUGUAUAAAAGCUAAACAAAUUUUUGAUAAAUAUUCAGUUGAUUAUAAAGUAAUUGAAUUGAAUCAGUUACAAAAUGGAUCAAGUAUUCAACAAGGUUUAUUAGAUAUUACUGGUCAAAGAACUGUUCCAAAUAUUUUCAUCGAUGGUAAUCAUGUUGGUGGAUGUGAUCAAUUAACUCAAUGGUAUGGAACUGGAAAACUUAGAGAAGUGUUAAAUAAAUUAAACGGCAUAAACAAGGAAUCAAUUCAUUAA